AUCGCAGUUAGCCUCCAGAAUACGCUCAGGACCCACCAGUGGAAUGAUGGCUCCAUGUCAACUCUGUGUCAUUUUACUCUUCAUUGCGCCUUUGGCCAGUUGUUCCAGCUCGGAAAAUGACCUUAUUACCCAAUAUCCUUUACAAAUAAGGAGCGAGCGUGACCUUCCAAACUGCGCAACUGCAAACACUGUUUGUAGCAUACUCCAGAAGAGAUAUUGGAUUCCGUCCAUUCUCAAUCGCUAUUGUCGAUGCCCCGAGGGAGUCGACUGCCCAGCCGAUUGGACAGGACCCGACGAUCUGACCGUCAGCAAUGUGACAUCGCUCGUUCGAGUCAUUAAGGGCCCAGCGUAUUCCCUACCACUAAAUAAUCGGGCGCAAAUGAAAUUCUGCGCUUCCAUGAAAGGGAUCGAAACAUGCGCACCUAAUCAAUCGGCAGUCAACAUCAGAAUAAACGGAUCGUCACAAGCUCAGACUACGUCACAAUUUCCGAGUACCCGCGUUCUUUGCAAAUGCCCUAGCAAUCACACGUGGCAGCAAUCUUCAGUGACGGGCGACGAGAAUACAAGUCCGACUACUACCACUUCAUCCUAUACAUGUAAACCCUUAAAACGAUGUCGUCUGCGAGCGAGUUGUGGAGCAAUCACAACCGACACUUUUUCUGUCUACCCUUACUGUCUGUGCCGACGAGGCAGCGUGUGUACCAUUGAAAAUCGAACGCAAACUCACGUCGAAGAGCUUCACUAUUCAGGGCCAGCCUAUCUAGGCGUCUGCAAGCCAUAAAACUCGUGACAUAAAAGUAAAACAGAAACCAUACCUGGGUAAAUUCGGCUGCGAUUUUACAGGCGCGGAGCACGACUUCUUUUUCGAAAUUAUCCGGCAAAAAGACGUCUUGUAUCAAGCCACAAUCUUUAGCCUGCGUGGCCGUGAGACGUCGGCCUUCACAGAACAGCAAGUUAUCCUGCAAUUUGAGAAAUAAACGAUUAUAAACAA